AUGCGUUUCUCUGCUGUCACCGUCUCUGCCCUUGCCAUGGCUCUCACCGUCGCCGCUGCUCCCGGCAACACUGCCAAGGAGGCCCUCGCCAAGAGAACCGACGAUCUUACCGUCGCCGAUGCUCAGAACAUCUGCGGCAAGGAUCUCAGCGUCAACUGCUGCAACCAGGUCGAUGCCAGCACCAACAACAAUGACAACUCUGGAUCUGGUAUCCUGUCUGGUAUCCUGGGCGGUGUCCUUGGCAACGGUGGCCUGAAGCUCACUGAUGGAUGCUCCUCCAUCGGAGUUGGCAUUGCCAACGACCUCCUGAACAGCCAGUGCAAGCAGAGCGUCGCCUGCUGCAAGACCGACGGCAACACUGCUUCCGGUCUCGUUGCUGUUCAGCUCCCUUGCAUCCCCAUCUCUGGUCUUUUGUAA